CUUUGGGCUAUCUCCUGGCCACAAUUCUCUUUUCUAACAUAUUACGUCGUUCAGUCGUUUGUCAAAGGAAACAAUGUCAUCAGAAUUAAUCAAAUUUUUCUUAAUAUGAAAACUUUAAUAUUUUUGAUAGCAACAGGAUUUAUACAAUUCGUAUUAUGCAAUAUAAAGUAUAACAUAUCAGACUAUGACUCAUACCCAGUGUGCCCUAUAACAUUUUUACGUCAGAAAAGAGCGCACACUGAAUAUACAAGAUGGCGGGCAGAUCAAGAAAGUACGCCAGAAUUCUUAGUAAAAGUUUUAGAUGAAGAACUAACAACAUCAACGAUCAAACAAAUCAUUGCUGUUAAUAUCCAGCCUAUAACAAAAGGUGGGGAAAAGAUAAUUGUAGGCGGAGCCAUGGUUCCACCACCAACAUCUUUAACGACACAGUCUGAUCCAAUGCGGGAUUACACUCGAUUUGUACCUCCUACAACAGUCGCUAUAUCUCACGUUGACGGAGAUAUGUACCUAGCGCCGGCUCCACUGUCUAAAUCCGCUGAUAAAAUAUCGUCUCUGCCAUUGCGAGGGCUUCCUAUGGCUCGACAUUCGCUCCGUGAUGAUAGCCCACCAGCUAGUCCACAGUUUCUCGCACGGACACCCUUAUUGUCAGCUAGGCAAUAUGCCCCUAUAAUUCCGGUUGCCUUUACUCCAAGAACCACAGUCACUCCACUAACACCUCCUACGCAGCGCCCUUAUAAUCCUCGUAAAGCAUUUUUGCCACUUUCACGGACAACAUCGUUUCGUGAUAUGAAUGUGCCAACCAGAACAGAGUCGGAUUUUCAAAAUACCCACUCAAUUGACAAUGAAUAUACAACAGAAAUUGCAUAUUUACCAAAACAUACAUCCAUUCAACAAAAUAUUGCCAAAGAAUCAUCUUAUACUGAUUUAGAAUACAGUAGUACCAGUGAAAUAGUUUGGCACACCACUAGGACAUCAAAAUCUGAUGAUGAUGAAAGUAUUUUUAACAAAAUCAAAGAGAAAGAUAUAGAUACUGCCUAUAGCAUGAUGUUUUAUAAUGAUGAAGAUAACGAAAGUCCGAGCAAAAAAGAUGAUAUCGAUGCCAGUGAUAAUUAUGAAGAUAAAAUCAAAUUGCACAACGAUUCAACAGAAAUGGAAUCAAACGAAUUACUUAGUGAAACUACUAAAUUUCAAAAUAUUACUCCGCCUGAAAAUAUAUUACCGAACGAUGAUCAGGAAAAAGAAGAAGAUGACGAAAUUAAAACAACAGAGUCAGAGACACAUUUUAUAAAAGCGACUAUAACAACUUUACAUACAACUGUGGCUGUAAAGGAAAAGGAAAAAGCAAAAAAAAGCUCGAUAUGCAGUGUCAUAAAACUAAGACAACUCAGUUUUAAUUCUCCGCGCACCUUGCCUGAGAUAGUUGUUCAAAUGAGACAGUGGGCAGAGGAAAGUCCAAUUGCUAAAUGGACGGAUAUAACGAGUGGAAAUUAUACUGUUAUGGAAAACCCUAUUUAUAUGAUGAUGGUUGACGAUCCUAGUAGUGGCCAAAUAGUGACGGCAAAGCAAACUGUAAUGAUUGUCGCAGGUAUACAAGGUAGAGACCAUCAUGCUGUAGCAGCAGCUAUGUAUGUCCUGUAUCAAUUAAUAGAACGGACUGAUGCUCAUGCUGAUUUACUUAAAAGAUACAGAUUUUGGAUUAUUCCGGUCUUUAACCCGGAUGGAUACGAUUAUUCCAUGACUUUCUCACAAAAACGUGGAUGGACCAAAAACUUGCGUCAAACGUGGGACGUAUGCAAAGGUCGUGAGUCAUGCUAUGCAUGCGAAGCCUACGGCCUAAGAUGCACCGUACAACACUGUUAUGGUGUAAAUCUCGACAGGAAUUUCGAAUAUCAAUGGAUUCCAGCGGAGGAGUUACGCGCAGAGCACCCUUGCGGUGCAUUGUACGCGGGCACCAGGCAACUCAGCGAGGCCGAGACGAGAGCUCUCACACAAUUCCUGCAUGAACAGCGUACCCCGCUCUAUACUUUCAUUGCAUUUAAAGAAGGAGAUGUUCUGGGCGUGAUGUAUCCAUAUUCGCACACAAGGAAAAAACGAGCUUUUGACCACGUUUACAGACAACGUGCGUCGAGCGCCGCGGCAGCCGCUUACAGCAUCAGUGGACGGUCGUAUGUCGCAGGACAGACUUCAGAGUUUCUACCACUCUACGCGGGAGGUAUAGAGGAUUGGGUCGACGGACACUUAGGCAUCGACAACACCUACACUAUUAUGAUGUUUCGACCUACUGACGCCUACAACUCCAAACUUAUCACCGAGCGCGUGGUGCACGAAGCCUAUGCAGCAAUGGACACGUUGUUGCUUCAAAGUGUUGAACCAUUGGGGCCUCCAGUACUAACGAUUACUAGAGCUAGAUCAACAACCACGGAGUCUUCUAUGCAUUUGGUCUUAUUAAUCUCCAUCACUGUUACAGUUAGUUAUAGCUAAACACAAAAAUAUUAAAUGAUGAUUUGGAUGGGAACUUUAGUCUGUAAUUGUAACAAUGAAUACUAUACGUCGUCAAGCUUUGGAUGAAUAUCAUGUAAACCUGUUUUCUAAAACUACUUCAAAGCUUUUGUAUGGUAGUUAAUUGCACACACACAAUUUGUGUAAGUAUGUCGGUUUGCCGAUUACGUUUGUAUCUGUAUGUUAUACCAAGUGUUUAUUAUAAUGAAUAUAACAAUUUAAUCCUUUAAACGUG